AUGUCUCCACAAUCAACAACAGAACAGUUAUUGGCAAAACAUGCUAAACUCUUUACAAAAGCUACUGAGCACGAAUUAACUAAACAAUUAUGUCUAGGUACUUUAACUGAUAGGGCUUUAUAUAUCUAUUUGGCUCAAGAUUUACAGUUCUUUGAAGCUGGGAUGAGAAAUAUGUGUAGAACAAUCUUUUUAAGUCCAGAUGUUAAAAGGCUACUAAUAUUAGCUAGACAAUUAGGUUUUUUGUCUAAUGAUGAAAACACUUAUUUUCAUGACUGUUUACAGUUAUUAAAACCUGCAAUGACAGAAAAUGAAAUUGAAUUUUAUAACAAUAAUGAACUUGACUCUGUUAAAAAAUAUAUUGAAUAUAUAAAAAUGCUAACCUAUGAUGAAUCAAUUGAUUACCCACAAUUAAUCACUUCUGCAUGGAUUGCUGAACAUAUUUAUUUUCAAUGGGCUCAUUUCUUACCAAAAGCUGACAAUCUUCAUUGGAAGUAUCAAAAAUGGAUUGACUUACAUGAUGGUGAACAUUUCAUUGAAUGGUGUAACUUUCUGAGGGCAGAAGUUGAUAAUUAUACUAUUGAGAAAGUUGAAAAAACAUUUGUUGAGGUUACUCAAUUAGAAUAUGAAUUUUUUGAAUCUUGUUUUAAUGCUAAAUAG